AUGGAUCGCGCAAGCUCCUACGACCACGACAUUCCGUCGCUAAGCGCUUCGCUUGAGGCCUUUGACCCCGAGCGCAGUAUGCACUCGGCCUACAGCGGCCAUUCCACCAUGCAAUCCUCGCGCUGGAGCGUUCCGCAAGACGAUAUCGAUUCCGAGGCUGAGUCGGACGGUCCCUGGGCCCCGCCUGCCUGGCAGAAGUCUCAAUCCAGCAAUCACUGGUACCGGAAGUCGCUGCUGGGUGAAAGCGCACUGCGCGCUAGCCGAUCGCCCUUUGAGUACCGCACCGAUCGCGAAGUCACACCCUCGCGCAUACCACUACCAGAGUCGCCCUACAAGAUGACGCCGCGCACAAGUCCAGAACCCAUACCAGAGGAGGAACAGCGCUACAUGGCCGACAGUAUCGCUUCCAGGUUACACACGGUACAAAACGCCCACAGCUUGUCCGAUGACGAACCGCCAACGAGCGCAAGCACACUUUACGCCCAACAACUCGCGCGCUCGUCCCAUGACGAGCCAUGUCCAACAGAAGGUUUCAUGCGUUUUGCUUACAGAGGAGAAGCCAAGUUCCGCACUGCCCCAAUCGAGGACACCAUUUCCAGCGUCGCCGGCGGCCUGAACAAGUUCACCGGGUCGCGCGCAAACCUUUUGUUGACCAUUGCUACUAUUGUCUUCUCGUGGAUACUGCUGCAGCCCUGGACAGCCACUCUUAUCCCAGAUGUCGCCAAUGUCGCCAACAUGGCCACACAGUUUGAGCCACUGUUGUACGCUUCAGAAAACGUCAUACCGCGUUCGCGCGAGCUCGCAGAGGCCAGUAUAGCUGUCCAAGACCUAGGAGAGAGCGUUCGCGCCACCAACAUGUCGGCCUCCUCGGUCAUCAUAGAUCAACUGGAUGAUCUAGGCGAUCACUUAAAGGUACUGGCAGAGAAGCUUACAAGUUUCUUUACAAAUGUAGAUGGGGACAUGGACUCCAUUCUCAUUACCAUGGACUGGGCAAAGCGAGAACUACAAAGUAUCCAAGGUCCCAAAAUUGGUAUGAUUGAUACCGUCAUUGGCAAUGUACAUGGCGGUCUCAGCAAGGUUGGCCUACUAGAGCGCAAUGGCUCGCCCACGGCCGUUGGCCGAGUGGUGAAUGACGUCCUCGGUCACACCACACAGCAGCGUUCAAAAGCAACCAUGCAACGCACAUUUGACUACCUCCUAUCUACACUAGAGGAGAACAUUGCAAAUGAGCUUGCGCGCGCAGAUGUCCUCUUCCAACUCUUUGAGAGCGUAGACCGACAAUUCCACAAUCUACACCGCUCCGUCGCCAAAGAAGAAGACUCUCUUGCAAACAAGAAAGACGAGUUCCUCGCCUCCAUGUGGCGCCAAACCAUCAACAACAAGAUGAGGAUUAAGAAAUACGAGAAGAACCUCAAGCUCCUCAAGGACGUACGCGCCUCCACGCUCAUCAACAAAUCUGAGCUCAAAGCCCACAUCCAAGUCAUCCAAUCAGUCAAGGACCAACUAGACAAAGCACGAAAGAACCUCGUCAGCCCGCUCAUCCGACGCGCCCAAUCAAACUCCUUUGGGCUCGAACAGCAAUUGAACGACCUAACAGGCACCUAUGGCUUCCUCAAGAACCUUCGAGACGGCCAGAAGAAGAAAGUCUUGCGAGAACUCUGGGGCGAACCCAAACGACGCAUCGGCAUCACAGCAGGAGGAAGAGAAGAGGAGAUUGACGACUCUGAGCAAUAA